CCGAGCGAUCGUGGGUAACGCAAACUUCAUGCUCGACCUGCUGAAGCCAGAGGCGCACAAUCUCAAGAGGUGCAGUUCAAGCACUUCCAAUACCUUCAUCUCAAGUAGAGAAGUAGAUGAAGACGUGCCUCGUGCACCUGGUGCGACUGGUUUGGAGUCUGCUGCUGCUUACCACGAUCCAUCCAUUUUUUGCUGGCGGGACGAGGAAGUAGAACGAGGAGAGGGACGAGAAGCGUUUGCCUCUUAAGACUUCUCGAAAUCCAUCUUCAGAAGCAUGAUCUUGGUGCUCCUUGUUCUAAAGGGAAAACAGGUUGUGGUCCAGGAUGACUUUCACCAUUCACCUUCACGAUGGAUACUUAUAUCAUAUCAUGAGUAAGUGACGGAGGUCCUCUAAGAUUCUGCUUAUGAGCUACUUCAUCAGGAAAACAGAGCACGGUUCGUUCAGAACUGUCAGAAGGUCAUUUCAAACACGACUUGCAGUCCUCUUUCCGAUCUGGUGGAUCCCGGUAGCUGCAUCCUGCUUCUCGGACGUCCCGGCAGCGGUAAAACCACGAUUAUUCGCGAUAUAGCUCACGUGCUCUCUGUAAGAGGACGCCAGAAUGUGAUCGUUGUAGACACCAGCAACGAGAUCUGCGGUCACGGGAUCGUGCCGCAUCCAGUUAAGGCGCAAUACUUCCUAACAAGCUCGUCCUCUUUGAGUUUGACUGCUGAAACUGAAUUCCUGAAAAGUAUCAAAAAUGUUCCACUCGUCUAAGAAUUAAGAAUACAACUACAAGCUAGAAGGGGGCUCCCUGAAAAGUAUUCCGCUUAAAUACUUACGUCGUAACGAAUACUACAAGGCUGCAAGAAAUAAAUGAUAGAUCAUGAAUAUUGUUCGGCGUUAAUCCCGCGGUAGGUAUGGCGCGCCGGAUGAUGGUGCCCGAUCUGGACAGACAAGCGAGCGUUCUGAUUGAGGCGGUACAAAAUCACACGCCAGACGUGAUCAUUUGCGACGAGAUCGGACGAGCAUCAGAAGUCGCAGCCGUUCAGACCGUCAAGGAGCGCGGUGUGCGUUGCGUGUCAAGCGCGCACGGGUGCUUGAAGAGCCUGGUGCAGAAUCCGGUCCUGAACGGGCUUGUUGGUGGUGUGAAGACAACGCAGGUAAGCGACGCGCGGGCAACACUACGGGAGAAAUCACUGGGAACGUUCUCUAAGAUGGUGCCGCAGCGUGCGGGGCCUCCGAUAUUUGACGUAGUGGUGGAGCUGACGCCAGACGGCAUAAAUGCCGCCCAGUGGGUGGUGAUCAGUGAUGUAGCCGCUGCUGUGGAUGCAAUACUGGCUGGCGGCGAGUACGAGAGACAAAUUCGCCGCCGAUGCCGAAGGACCGGCGAAAUUACGAUUGAAUUAGAUGGCGGACAGUAGCACUACCAGUAGAUCAAGCUGCGGAAGCUGGAGCUGAGCUGGGUCUACUUUUCCGUUGUUCUAGUUAUCAGCUAGACCACUAGACAUAGAUGUGCAUG